GUAUAAAUAUUCUCGUCGGGACUGUAUUUUUCACGCCACACAAAUAACAGGAAAAUAUCGUUCGAAAAAUAUACCUAUAUGUAUAUUUAUUGUUCGUUUAUUUUCGUGACCCCGGAUUUCCGGGUAAUGAUGCUGUGUGCAAAAGCGCCACAUUCGCGGUUUGAAGGCGCAAGUACCUAUCCAUUUAUUGAUCCCCUCGCGAACACAGAUGUUUACACAACGGCGAUGCUGCGUACCAGACGGAAAUCUCAUUUCACUGGAACAUUUUCUUCCGCAUAUCGCGUGUACACCAUUACCUGUCCGGUACUUCUAACACAGCAAAAUACAUGUGAAUACGAGUAGUUAAUUUGUUUGAUAAAAUAAAAAAGUAAAAAAGUAUAAAGAUUUUCCUGUCGUAAGUCAAUAUAAACUGAUGUCCGCGGACGAUCGCAAUACAAGUAAUUUAAAAUUAUAAUAAUACGCAUAUAUUUUAACACGACUUUGCAAUUCAAUUGUUUGCGGAUCAAUUAUUAAUUACUACUAUUUUACUAUCGCCACGGGUGGUUCAAAUUAUUAUAGUAAUUAUCUAGACAUUUUAAUCGAAUUUUAAUUGGAUCGUCUUAACAAUUUUUUAUACAUGCACAUCCGAUAAUUGUUUUUUAUUAUUAAUCGAAAUCAUUAUUAAUUUAACACUUGUGGUCCGAAACAGUUCGGGUUAAAAUUAUUAAUAUGCAUUACAAUGUCAAAUUAAACGAAAAUUGUUUUCCUAAUUAUUAUUACCUACCUAUUAUUAUUUUUAAUAUUAUAAUAAAAAACGAUGAGUUAUUUUCUCGUUGAAACGUUUACGCAAAAUUCGUGAGCUAUAAAUUACACAAGCAUAUAUGUUUUUUGUUUUAUUGUUUUUUUUUUUUUUUAUUAAUUUAAUACUGUAUUUCUUUUGGAAAAAACACCAAUUAUUUUCUAUCGAAAAAUCAAACUAUCAAAUUCGAUCGGUAAACUCUUACAAAAUAAUGGCAUCAUUUAUUACACGGCGUCAAUUUUUAUUUUUAAAAAUUCGCAUAAUAUAGGUAUUAAUCUAUAUCUCUCUGUGGUAUAUCUCUAGUCCUGGGGAAAAAGGGCUUAAGCAAAUUCCGUAUAGUCUUCAAUACAAGAAAAUACAGUUUUUAAAAUAAAUACAUUUUUAGAAUUAAUAUGCGUAUAUACUAAUACACUUUACACACUAAUUUGUAAAAUACGUACACUUGUGCCAUUACUAAACCAAAAAAUAAAAGAAAAAAAAAUAGAUUAGACAAAAUCAUAUUAAAAAAAAAAAAAAAAAAUGCUAUCAAUUGAUUUAAUAAGCCCUUCUUCCCUGAGACCAAAAAUAUAUAUUUAAUAAUGUAUCUACCGAGUAUACAUAGCAUUCCCUAAAUUUAAUUUUCAGACAUUAAGUAAUCCACUAAUAUCCGCACAAAAUGCGUUCGGUUGUGUUAACGGUAUGGUUUUUUAUAAACGUCGUGUUGUUGGGCAUGUGCGGAUACAUUUAUCUACUCUGGCUCCAAUAUUGGCAUCAUAUAACUAUCAAAAAUCAACAAGCUAAAGAAGCAGCAUACACGCAACAGCCUUACGUCGAGUAUUACGACGAAGGCGAUGUUACAACAGUCCAUCAAAGUGUAAAUAUGAUAAAUUCGCUUAUGCACAUUAACGAAGUGUACCUGGACAAGACUGAAAAAAUCAGGCAUGUAUCAUUUUAUUUAUUUAUUAUUAUACUAUUGACGCAAUUGAAUUUUGAAGGUAAUAACAACAUUCUGCGUUUUUCGGAACAAAUUGAAAUUAAAAUGCUAUCAAUUUUCGAUAAUGAUAAGAAUAGUUAAUAUAAAAUACAUUUUUGGUAAGAAAACGAAUAAUAUUGUGAUAUAAGCUUUCGUAAAUUUCAAAUUAUUAUUGGUAACAAUAAGCACCCAGUAGUAUAUAUAAUCUACUAUAAUUAUAAUUAUUUUUUCAAUUUCAAUAAGUAACUACUAUCAAAGGUGCAACUAAGAUUUUGGGGCUCCGAUGAUAAGGUAAGUCCGGGGCCCUAUCACUAUUUAAGUAUUCGUAGUAAAUUAUUAUUAUUUUUUUUUGAAUACUGACUAGUGAUUACUUAUCAUUAAACGCGCUACUCAAUUUGUAUUUAUUAGCAGCGGAAUAAUAAUAUAUAUGUAAGGUUAAGUUAUAAUAAUAAUAAAUUAUAAUAAUUAAAAAUAAUAAUAUUACACAAUAUAAAUUACAGAGAAACAGUUAAACAAAAAAAAAAAAAAAAAAAAUCGUCAGUGAAAAAAUAACCAAAUGAAAGUACCAAUUUGACAAAAAAUAUUAUGUGUACAUACAAGUAUAAUAUGUAACAAAUAUUAUUAAAAUUCGAUAUUUUUGUUCUGCUCAACAAAUCUGGUUGAAUUUAUAAUUCAAAUAAGUAUAAGAAGUAUUAUUAUUUUUUCUUUGUAAGCAUCCGCAUAUUAUAUAGCUUUAUUUUAUUUUACAAAUCUAGUAUAUGUAUACUAAAUAUUCACUAUAACGAAUAUAACUUUAUACAUAUUAAUUUACUCAUAGCUUAUUAAAUUAAAAUUACAAUAUUUUUAAAAUAAUUAUUUAACUAAGUAAAUUAACUUUUCUUGCUUUAGCUUCAGCAAUACGUAUCUGAUUAAUAUUUAUACCUAGGUUAUUAGCUUGUUCUUUUACGAUGUUUAACAAAGCAAUAUUUGAUAAACGAUUAUGCACCAUUGAAUUUCUUAAAUAGAUUUGUAUUAAUUUAAGCUUCAAAAAUGAGAGUUCGGCUUCGACUAAUGCGACAGUGACUGGUAAUGUAAGAUAUGUAGUACACGCUCUUAAUGCUUCACAAUAAGUGGGUGGUACAAAAAUCAUUUUCAAUAAGCAUUGCUAGUUGUUUAAUAUUUUUAGUUUUUUAAAUUUAUUAAAAUUGUGUAUACAUACAAUUUUCUUGGUAAAAUUUGAGCCAGUAUCAACGUUAUAAAAAUGAACAAAUCCAUAUGGAGCUUUUAUAAUACCUUCUUCCGUUAAUUAACUAGUGAAGAAAAAUUUAAAAAUUAAAAUUAUUCAAUUACCUUUUUUAAACCCUGAAACCGAUUGUCUAAUUGAAAAACUACCUAUGACUGGUAGAAAAAUCUUGGUUCUUAAAUUAUCUUGUAUAAUAUUAGAUCGACGAUCGCCAUCUACUUCAACAAAAUGUUUUCUUCGAUUCUUCCUAAAUUUAAUCUUUGUACAUGAAAUUCUUGUGAAAUCCUUCAUUUUAUGCACAUGAUUUUAGCUAUUUCCAAUAAGUCAUACUAAUUAUUUCUCAACUCUUUAAUUGUAGAUGUAUCUUGUUUCAAGUUUUCACAACCAUUAUGUAAAUUUUUGUUCUUCCUGACUUAUAUUUUUUUGGUAUAUAUUAAUAAUAUUUAUCGAGAAGAUAGAAAAUAAACGCUGGCCCCCACCCAUCACAAGAUAGUACGAUUUCAUCGUCUAUCGAAGACGAGCUGUUAUUCUCAGAAUGUUAACGUGCAUUAACAAUAAUACAUAAUAUUAUAGACUAAUGAAGUAAACAAAGUAAUAUUGUAGUAGUAUAGCUAUAAUAAUACCUAUUAGUUUAUUAUUACUUUGGCAUGCGGGCUGCGCGUGCCAGUGGUGUCACACUGCAAUAUUAUUUAUUAUUGAAUAUUAUUAUUAUUAUUAUUAUUAUUAUUAUUAUUUUUAUUAUUAUUAUUAUUAUUCAAUCAGAACUAAUCACCAUUCGUCAUGUUCAAAAUUUUAAAUAAUCGCAGAUUUUAUAUGAUUAUAUCGCGUUAAAAAUACUUUCCCAGUUUACAAUUGUGAUGUGGCCCCGUUUAUGUCUUGCAUCGCUUGCACCGUUAAGCAUCGCCAUGCGCCUAGGUUGUUGCGCCACUGCCUACUAUACGCAUAUUUUAUAUACCUACCUAUACCAAAGUUUCUAGACAGAAAAAUACGUUUACGUACAUUUUACGUUUUCAAAUUGAAAACGGUUUAAAAAAUACAAUUAUUUUAGGUGAACGAAUUAUAAUACAGAAUUUGAUUACUUGUAAAUUUGUGCAUGAGGUACCGUACAUAUUAUAUAGAAUAUUUCUUGCGUGCAUAUAUGAGGACCAAUAUAAUUUAAAUUAUUAUAAUAUUAUUAACCUAUAUCAUUAAUAUUAGUAAUUAAAAAUAAAGAUUUUCGUCUUACCUACAUAGUGUAUUUUACUGGGAAAUUACAAUUUUAUCAGUUUCAAUUUGAAAGUUAAUCAAAAUAUUAAUAAUAUAUAUAUAUGAAAAUAUUAUAUUAUACUUCAAUAAACUUUCGAUUAAUCAAUUUCUAUUUGAGUUAAUAGUGUUUUUAAUAAACUAUAUUAUAUACCUUAUACUAUAGGCAUGAUCAUGCCUAUGGUUUUUCAAUAGGGGUGGAGAUAGGGGGCUAAGCACAAACAAAAUAUUUUGAAAAAUACAUUAUUAUGUACGAAAACAUUUUUUAUCAGUUCGCCAAUGUAACUCAUAAAUAAACAAAAAAGUUCAAUUUUUGUUCUAAAAAUAACCAAAAACUUUGAGUAAGUUACUUUUUAGAGAUACCUAUAUCUCCUUACCUUCCUCUUAUUUUAAAUGUCAUGUAUGUACUAUGUAAAUAGAAAGAGUAUUAGUUUAAACCAAUUUUGUGAUAAAAUUUUUAAUUUCCGAACAAUUUUAUUCUCUGUAUAAUAAUAAAUAGGAUAGUUUUGUAAUGCUGAAUACCUAGUUAACAUUUGUUGUAUUGUAUUGCACACGAUUAAUGAAAUUUCCUUAGUCUACCUGGGUAUGCCAAUGGAUAUUACUUAUUUUUCGGGUAGAAUACAUAUUAUGUUUAAUAUAUAUAGUAAAAUUACUGAAAAAUAAACGAAUAGAAAUUUGUUCUUGCUAGGUGUAAUUUAACCAACUGAAAUACGUCCCCUAACUUUGCUGCAUUCUUGGCAAACACCCAUAUAUAGUAAUAGUAUGAUAUAUUCAUUAAUUUACUAACUUAAGUAAUAUUAUUUUCAGGUUAUUUAAUUUCAAAAAUAAAAUCAUUGCCCGUUUGAGGCAGGUCAUCAUGAAGGAGAGUAGCUAUUAUGGAUCCGUUAAAAACGAGAAUCCAUACGACGUCCCGUACAGACCACAAGCAUCGAAUAACGUCAACAGCGACUGGAUGUGUGAUAUGGCUUCCAACAUGGAGCAAUUUAGAACGUUGGAGAAAAAUGAUAUUGACCAUGAAUUAACUAAAAAUAUUCCAGAUAUACCAUUAUUUAAUGAUAAUGAAAUUUACGGUACCUGCGCAAUUAUAUCUAACGCGGCUACUCUUCGAAAUUCAAACCUCGGAUCUUUUAUAGGUGAAAGUUUAAAUUAACUAACUAUAAUGUCAUAACCUACCAUUAGCAACUAAAUCAUACGUAUUAGAUAAACCAAUUUAUUCACCAUCGAGUUUUCACUGUCAUUUUACGUAUAUCAACAAAUAAAUUCAACGAAUAGUGGGUGUAGGUAUUAUAGUUAAUUUAAUAACGAGAGAAAAAAUGUUAUUGAAUUUAUGAAACGCAUUAUAGAAAAAAAAUUCGGAUGAAUAAAAUUCAUAUAGGCUACAGGCUAUUAUUUUAUUUCAUCACAAACCAGUUUUGUAGUAAUUAAAAUACCAACAUACCAAAGUACCAAAAUGCUACAUUGUUACAAAAAAAAAAAAAUAAAUAAAUAAAUAAUCAAUUGUUGUUUUAAUUUUAGUUUUAAUAUGAUGUGUUUUUUUAUGUCCAUUGUAAACGACUUUUUUUUUCAAACAUCAUCUAAAGAGGGUUUUCUGAUAAGAAGCAAAUUUUGUUUAAUUAGUGCAUUGAGGUGGUCAUUUUUUGAUUUUCCAUGCAAUUUUCUAAAUAAUUGAAAAAGCAUAUUGGAAUAAUUAUUGGAAAAUUUACAUAAUAGCGGUUUGAUUUUUGUUAUAAUUAAUUAGUUGUUGAAAAUAAUUACGAAGACCUGACAUUUUUACUGGAUACUUAAAUUAGGCUUUUAGACAGUGAUCAAAUUUUCAACAUAUUCUGACGUUCUUAGGGUUAUUAUAAGUUUUCGAGAUUUUUAGUUUUAUUUGGUUAUGUGUGGAUAAAAUGGUUUGACCCAGCAAAAAUACUUGAAAAUUAACUCGAAGUUUGUCAAUGAUUAUGAAAGAAAAGAUUUUGAGCAUAAUUGUAGGGUUUUUUUUAUAAACCAGUUUAUGUUUUAAUUUUGACAAAAAUCAUAAAAAUUGCGACUUUUAAAAAGAUGAAAUUUAACCGUGCUUUGCUCAAAAACUUAUUUCGUUAAAAAUUAUUUAUAAUUGCGUAUAAAUACAAAUUUAGUUCCAACUCCUAACUUUCAAUCGAUCACAGUGUGUACACCUAAUAGUAUUGAAUCAGUUCUGUUUUAUUGACAUAGUGUGUUAAAAUUGACAUUUAUAAAAACGAAAUGGAUAGUUCUAUAGGGGUAUUAUAUACUCGUGUGAAUUUACUAUUAAAGCUAAAAAUUGAAAAAAAUACUCUGUUUAUUGGAGUAUAUAUUUUAUAUUAUAAAUGUAUUUUUUUUUUUUAUAAGUUUGAGAAAUAAUAUGUUAAACUUUCCAGUCGUGAAUUUAUCCGAUUCGUGAAAUGGGCAAUUUUUCGAUCAAUACAUGAAGUAGCCAAGUUAAUUGUCAAAUUUAAAAAAUAAACAAAAAUCUUUGAAAUACCUUCCUAGUCAGAUUUUCUUUCAGAAACAGUGCUAUCAUUCUAAAUUGGAGCAAAAUUACUGGUAGAAAAUUUAUCAACAGAAAAAAAAAAUAAACAUCUUUGUAAGACCAUAAAGCUUCUUCGCCCCACUCAGAAUCUAAAAUCUAAAAUAAUGACAUUGAACGUCUAACGCCGGGGAUUUGACGAAAAUCAGACAUUUCAACACCAAAAUGUAUUUUAAACUAUUACUUCGUCUAUUUAUGACAUGUUUAAUAUAAUAUAAUGCUAUUUGAAAACCAAAAAUAGGUAACUGUUUUAAUCCCAAAAAUGAGGACAAUAAAACAUUUUAGAAUAUAUAAUUCCGAAAAGUAUUUUAGUGAGUCAUUUUUUGAAAAAAUAAGUGUUAUAUGCAAUUUGGAAAACCCUGGAUAUAUAAUAUAGCAGAACAGAUGAAAAUAUUGUUUUUGUUGUUUUGUAGAUCAACACGACUUGGUGUUGCGGUUUAAUAAUGCGCCAACUAAAGGAUACGAAAAAGACGUCGGUUCAAAGACAACCAUACGUAUUUUGAACUCUCAAGUUGUCAGCAAACCACAAUUUCAAUUUGUAUCAUCGCCGUUAUACAAGCGGCUUAAACUAUUAAUGUGGGAUCCUUCGAACUACACGACGUCUAUUGACGAAGUAUACAUAGUCUAAUGUUACCCAACACAUAUUUAUUAUUUUAAAACCAAUUUUCUCUAAAUUUGGUUUUUUGAAUGUUUUUGUUUACUUUUAGUGGAUUAAGAAACCAGAACAUAAUUUCAUAGAUAACUACGUCAAAUUCAGAAAAAAUAUUCCUAAGUCCAACUUUCAUAUUGUCCACCCGCAAUACUUGUGGCGUUUAUGGGACUACAUACAAGAUCACACUACUGCACAUAUUAGACGAAAUCCUCCAUCUUCCGGGUUUUUAGGUUAGCUUACAAACCUGUGUAGAGGUUCUGCAUUGAUGAUGACAAGCUUUAUAAAUAUAUACAUAGAUAUUUGCUAUAUACAGUAUUAAAGUUUUUAGAUUUUUAAUACUCAAGAUUAUUUUUAACAAUAAUUUCAAUAAGAAAAUGAAGCAUCUAAUACUUAAAACCUAAUAUAUAUACAUAUUUACUAUGUUUAUACAUAUAUAGAAAACAAAUAUCUAAUUCAUAUUUAUAGUUUUCGAAAUUUGUAGCAACAUUUGUAUUUUUAUUUUUUUAGUUUUCUUAACAUUUGUAUGCUAGUAAAUAUUUUUAUUUUUUUUUUUUUGGUAAAUAUUGAAUUCUUAACAAAUAUUUUUAUUAGAUAAUUUGCAUGGACUUGUAAACAUAAUAGAACUAUGGUGAUUUUUUUUCUUUUUAUAGGGAUUUAACAAUUACUCAAUGAUUUUGGGUACCUAAAUUUAAUUUUGGUUAAAUUCAAUUAUUAUAGAACCGUUCAGUUAUCUUCUUUGGUAUAAUGUUUCAACAUUUUGUUUUUAAUACGUUCAAUUUACACCAUUAAACCCCAGUGACGUAGCUAUCAUAGGGCAAAUUGGAACAAUGCCCCAGGGCCCCAAAGCACGGGGGCAUUGGACAAUUCUGAAAAUUAAAUAAUAUUACACACAAUAAAUACAAUGAACAGAGUUCACCGCACUGAUGGUUGCAAUUUGUAUAGUAUAAUAAACUGUAUAGUAAACUGAGUUUCCUUUUAAUUUGUUUAUCUGUUUAUUAUUUUCAUUUGUGGUUCCAUAGUAAGUAUUUACUCUUAAAAAAACAAUAUUACAUAUAGGUAUAUUUUGAAUUUUCACAAAGAUCAUAUUAGUUGGAGGGCCUAGUUUUUAAACUGCCCCGGAGCUCUUUCCCGUCUAGCUAUGCUCCUGAUAAAUACAUAUUAACUUUUGAUUUUAAAUAGCGAAUUUUCUCUAAUCAAUCACACUCAAAAUCAUUGUGGAUAAUUGUUGAAUCAUGAUAAAAAACAACCCUAUAUAUUAAAAUAUAUUUGAUUUGAAUAGGACUAUCAAUGCUAUUGCCACGAUGCACGGUCGUCAAUAUGUUUGAAUUUAUACCAUCCGAAAGAAUGACACAUCGGUGCCAUUAUUAUCACGAAAAAAUCGACGUUACGUGCACAUUUGGAAUUUGGCAUCCGUUGGCCGCUGAAAAACUCCUAAUGCUCGCAGGAAAUACAAAGCCCGAUCAGACAGUAUUUCACACAGGAUUUCUAUCUAUUCCCGGAUACAAAUCUCCACUUUGUACUGCAUAAUCAUUUUAAAAUUUAUAAUAUUUUUAAUUAUGAUAAUAGGUCGGGACUUGUAUGCACUUAAAAUACGAUUAAAAACUUCAUUAUGAACCCUGAAAUAAAUACAUAAAAAAAUAUUAAAAUCUUUUUAAAAUUUUUUUUAAAUAUCGAAAUAAUAAAAAAAAAAAACACUUAAAAUUCAUUUUUGAACUCUUCAUAUAAUAUACAUUUUCUCUUUUUACUCUGAUAGAUUUUAUAUCAAGUCAACAGAAAUAAACAAAUGCUAUAGGUCCCGAACCCUGGUUAUUAGUUAUAAUUAUAGUUAUAGUUAUUACUAUAUAGGGUAGGUAUUCGUAUAUGUAGUACGUAUAUAUUUAAAAUUGUUUUGAUAUUAUAGAUUUGUUAACCAAUAAACAAUAAAAUCCUUAAUCAAUUAAUAUUAUACAUGAAAUUCAUAGUAUGAGUACAUUAUAAUUAUGAAUUAGCACGGGUAUAUAAAAAUAACAUUUUAUAUUUCCCAAAGGUUUUAAAUGUUUUAAUUAUUCAAUAUUAAUCAUCAUUAGUUUGCAUUUAAAAUAUUAUAAAUGCAUAUAUUAUACUAAAUUAAUAUAUCAUUGAUUAUAUCAAUAUAUUAAUAUAUCUUGAUGAUCGAUGCAUUGGUGCUCAUUAGGGGUGGACAAGAAAAAGACAUGUCCUCCCUUGAAAAUAUUAAAACCCACACAAAAUAGUUUUUUUGAACCUUGACGCACAGCAUACGACGAACAGACUAGAUGAUUAUCGAUUCAUCCUCUCGUAAUGGACCUAUCAUAACUAUUUUACAGAUCUUGGUUUCUUAUCUAUACAUGUAAGUUUUUAAAUGCUUGUUUGAUGAUCUAGAUCCAGUGUGUUACUCCCCUGACAAAUUACCUUAUUGGUUCAUAGGUAUGGAUUGACGAUUAAUUAUUAUAAACAAUAUAUUACAAAUAAUAUUUUAACCAAAUGAUCAAAAAGUCAUCUAGACAAAGAUAAAUACAUUUUUAUCUAAACAAAUAUCAGGUAAAUUCUAUUUGUAAUGUUUAAACUGCUCGCUUCUUCGCCUUCGUAUAUUAAAAAAUAUGUCCUUGAUUUGUUAUAUUCAAAUUUUUAAUCAUGCUGAUUAUUUAAAUCAGUCUCUUCUUGAAUGUAUUUAUUUAUACAAUUUGCAUAGGUAGGUUACCUACAAAAAUUGUUUUAAAAAAAAAACCAUAGCCUUUUUACAUACUGAGCAGUGCAUAACACAAUGUCUACCACAAGAGUUCCAGUAUCCAAUCAAAAACUUUAUUUGUGGUUUUUAGAAGAUAAAAUUUUAAAUCUUUUUGAUACAUUGGUUAUUUUUUGUGAUUUUCUUAAUUAUGAGGAUAAAUUAAACACAAUAAAUAUCGGUUAAAUGAGAAUGAUUACACUACCUCAGUUUCGGCGUGUAAACAUCGAUUUUUAAUUGUUAUUGUUAUUAUUGUUAUUAUUAUUAUUGUAUUUUAUAGUAAUCAGAAAUGAUAUAAAGUAUCAGAUAUUAUAUCUAUUCAUACAUUUAUGUUUUUAAAUGUUUAUCAUAAUAUUAUAUUAUAUAUAUAUAUAAGUGUGUGUGUGUGUGUG